GAACGGGGAUUAACACAAUUCAAUUAUGGCAUGGUAAGAUUUUGUGGGCAAGAUUAGAACAUGUAGGUCUUGAUGUGGCUUCAUACGAACAGGUUGAUUGGUUCUCAGUUGGAGUUGCAGUGUCAUCAUCAUCACACAGAAUUGAAAUGUCAGUGUUGGGAUCAACAUCCUUACCAUGGUCGGGUCAUGAAACUGGUGAUAUUAAUCGUGAUGUUUCUUCACUAAAGUCCUUCCAACUCGGCACUAUCAUCACUUUGUUCUUGUCUGGCGCUUUCUUGCCUCUAUACACUAUGGAAUCUUUCUUAAAGUUGGCAUGUGCUCUCAUGCUGGAUAAAGGAAUUUGGGGGAUAUCAGACCCCCUUACGGAUCCGGUAUGGGUCUUGAAUCAAGUAGCAACCAGAAGUGUUCGCAGAUGUGCCUUAUGUUCUUUCCUAUGGUGCUUGAGGGAAUGUAUUUACUCUCAAAUACAAAACUCUCUUAGUCCGGUAAACUUUUCAGCAUCGACAGAGCACCCGAGUCCUUGGGUUGUCUUCCCGGAUACUCCUAACAUUCUGUCCAUUUCCAGUAUUAGUUUGCCCUCAGUGUUUCUAUCGGCUUUUGUUUUAGCCUCUUACUAUCUUUUUCUGACUUGCAACUUCCAUCAUGUUGACGUUCCUCUUUCCGCCUUCGGGUUCGCUCUUCUGCACAGUGCUCCGGUGUCUCCACUACUCAUCGCUGGAGUCUCCUUACUG